AUGAGUAUCGUCUUCUUUCUUAGUUUCUGCGAACUGUAAUUUGAUUCGAACGAGUCCAGAAAAUGGCGCAAAGGACGAAGAAUAUGAACAUUUGGUACUUAUUCAUGAUGCUAAAUUUCAAUCUGCUGCUUCCUUUUUCAUCUGGAGAAUCAAAUGAUGUCUGCGUUUCAAAAGGUGGUCGUUUCACACCCUUCGCAAUGGAAGGAAAACCUCCAAAAAAGGUUAGCAAAGCACAAGAUUUGACGCUUUGUCGAGUCUUCAGAAAGAAGACUUGCUGUGGUGUAGCUCAAACGUACCCAGCUUUGCUUUCUGUUAGGAGGCUGGCUUCAACAGGGGAAGGCAACCAAGAAUGCUUGCAAUUGUGGGAACUUCUGGAGUGCUCGAUUUGUGAUCCACUAGUUGGCAUUCAACCCGGACCUCCUCUGAUAUGUCCCUCUUUCUGCGACAGAGUCUUCAACGCUUGCUCUGAUGCUUACUUUUCUGUUGAUGCUAAAACACAGGUUCUAGCACCGUGCGGAGUGAAUGACUUUGUGUGUGGCAGGGCUUCUGAAUGGGUUUCGAAUGGGACGCAGCUUUGCAGUGCUGCAGGUUUUUCAGUUAAGAUUCCGAACGACGAAAGCUCUUGCUAUGGUAGUAAAGCCAGACUAAACUCCGUUGCUAAUUCGUGGAAGUCUUCACCAUCUGUAGUGGUUUCUCAAAGAACAGGGCACUUGGGUGUUUUAGAGGACUUCCAGCAAUGGGUGAAAGAAAUGAGUUUACGUGAACAGGUUUCUUGGCUGAUCAGUUCCAUGGUGCUUUCAGCUGGGCUUCUCCUUGUAAGCAAAAGGAAAAGUCAUAUCCAGCGCCAGAAAUACGAUGCUAUUCGACGAGCAACGAAGAAAAUGGAAGCAAAUGUGAGUCUGAAUUCUCUUGGCACUCAAGGAAUCAGGAAAAGAAGUAGAAGAUGACUGUCACCUCACAUCUAAAGAAAUUUUGUUAGCCUAUUUUGCGAGGUUCAUCAUGUGGCUGAAAACUCGACUCUGAUUUCCACAAGUCCCGAUACUCGAAAAAUUCGGAAAGUAGCAGCCAUGGUAGCCCUUCCAUUAAAAUGAAGGAGAAAAAGAUAAAAGAAAAGUGAGUUAUCUAGUUGUACAAUGAUAUAGAAAGGAUUGGAAAUUGUGAUAAAAUUCUAUGGAUUGUUCAUUACUCAUACAAGAAUUUUGGUGACCAUAACACAGUUGGUUGCUGUGUAACUGUUGAAGCAGAGCUUCAUUGACUUGGUAAGUUCUUUAAGUUUAAAAAAAAAGUCAAUUCAUAUUUA